AGCUGCUGUGGUCAGCUGUGGAAAGGAAGCCUCAUCGCCACCAUGAACUUCUCCGGCAAGUACCAACUGCAGAGCCAAGAGAACUUUGAGCCCUUCAUGAAGGCAAUGGGUCUGCCUGAAGAUCUCAUCCAGAAGGGGAAGGACAUCAAGGGGAUUUCAGAAAUCGAGCAUAACGGGAAGCAUGUCAAGCUCACCAUCACCUAUGGGCCCAAAGUGCUUCACAACGAGUUCACCUUGGGGGAGGAGUGUGAGCUGGAGACCAUGAGUGGGGAAAAGGUCAAGACAGUGGUUAAUAUGGAAGGUGACAAUAAGAUGGUGACAAGUUUCAAAGGCGUGAAGUCCGUGACCGAACUCAACGGCGACACAAUCAUCAAUACCAUGACACUGGGCGACCUUGUCUACAAGAGAAUCAGCAAGAGAAUUUAAACAAAGCUGCAUUUUAUAUUCUUUUACAGUGUAAAAUUUAUACAAUAAAGUCAACUUUGUUUUGAAAGCAUUUCUUCUUG